AUGGACGGCGACUGGCAGGCUACUGGGAUCAGAAUGGCAACCACAUCUGAGGAUGUGAUUGCAAAAACUGAGGAGGAGGUGGCAAUGGAGAUUGAACCCCUAACCGGGCUUUCCUUUCCUGUUAAACUGGAUGAUGGGAAGCAGCUGACUUGUCUUGGUUUGAGGAAGAGGUCUAUGCUCGGCAUUGGCAUCAAGAUUUAUGGCUUUGGGAUGUAUGCAGACAAUGGGAAACUUAAAGAAGUUCUGAAGUCAAAGAUCGGGAAAGCCCCAGAAAAACCCACAGAAGAAAUGUAUCAGGUGGCGAUUGAUAGUGAUGUGGAGAUGACGGUGAGGCUGGUGAUUGUAUUUUUUAAAGUCACCAUGGGCAUGGUAAGAAAGAAUUUUGAUGAAGGUCUUGGAGCAUCCAUAAAGAAACUCGAUGGCGGGAAGAAGAAUGAUGAGCUAGCAACCAAGUAA